AUGAAGGAGACGGAAUUGUUCUGUAAGGAGGGGCUGGAGUACGCGGUUGCAGAGCUGUGGGAAGAAGGUAAGCUGCGGUCUGUCGAGCUUGCGGUGCGGGAAGGCAGGGGCGCAGAAGCGCGGGCACCGGGGGGGCCGCUGGUGGUACUGGACUCGGUGCGGUCGGGCGCGGGGCGCGAGCCUGCGACGGAUUUCUACGCGAAGGUGAUGGGGCCUGUGUUGGCGGUGCUGAGUGUGGAACACGAGUACGUGCGGACCUCCUCUGCGGCCAGCGUGCGUGAGCUCGCAGAAACGUUCCCGCGCACGUCGGAGACGACGGUGCUGGUGAUGUCCGGGGACACCACGAUCUCGGAGUUUGUCAAUGCUCUGGGCUCGGGCGCGGGCGUGACAGUGUACGCACUGCCGCUGGGGACUGCCAAUGCGUGGGCUCACUCUGUGGGCCUGGGGACCCCUGCGAAGGCGCUGCAGGCGUUUGUGCAGGGACGGGUGCACGCCGUGCCAUUUCCGCUAUACCGUGCGCGCUUCCCGAGUGGCUACUCGAUACGCUUCUUCAUUGUGCUGUCUGCAGGGUUCCAUGCGAACUUGCUGCACCUCUGUAACGAUGAAAGGUACCAGCGGCUCGGCGUUGAGCGCUUCCGCGAGGCAAGCACCGAGAUCCUCGAUCGGUACGCAUUAGCAGAACACGUCAGGGUGCGCGCAGCAGACGGCUCUGAGCAGUUGGCAGGGUUGUAUGCCUACUUCGCCCUGCUGAACACGCCGCACCUUGAGGAAACAUAUGUCCCGUCGCCCUUGUCCGAUCCGCUUCUUAAGCAGCUGCACGUAUUAGCGUUUGAAGCUGAGCUGUCGCGUGACAAACUGAACGAAUUGUUGAUGGCAGGCUACUCGACUAUUCGUGGCAGUGCAUUGAGUGCGCCAGGGUUGGUGUAUCGGAACUUGGGCGACAGCUUCACAUUAUCCAUCGAAAAUGGCGCUUCUGAUCGGGUGGCCAACGAAUUGUGCGUUGAUGGCCACCUGCUCAACCUCGUAGAUCUGCAAGCGCCAGGAGACGUGUUUGACGGGAGCAUCGAGGUCGGCGUGGUUCCGGCUUCUUUUGGUCUGAAGGCGCUGGUUCCAGCUCAUAUAUCCUAG